AUAUAUAAGUGCUGCCAUAUUUCUUUAUUUCUUUAUUUGGGCCGUGGUACUCGCGCUGUAUGAUGGGAAGCCCGAAAGGGGCAAAAGUGGUGGACAUGAAACGAGAGGGAUCGCUGAGUACAGGUCUUUCUCUCAGAUUCGACCCAUUGGAAGACAGGUAUAAAGUGUUUGUGAGAUGGUACAGUGUCACAUGAUUCGACGGAGUGAACGAAAGCAUACUCCGCGCGAGAGUUAUCGAAACCUCACGAAGUCAUGUUACCGAGGGGAAUACAACCGGGCAAUCCAGAGUUCGUGAAGUGCAACCAGUCGAGUGCACGGAGGAGGCGCUCACAGGUCCGACAUCGAAGUCGAUAUUAAGGAAAGUGGGCCUUUACUAGAAAAGUGUGACCAUCAAUUAUCACAGCACUUACACCAUUAGUGACAUACUGUUGAAUCUUUGUGAGCUCACAGCUUGCGCCGUUAAGAAACUUAGUUUUAGAGUCGAGGCAAUUUUCUUAUGACAUCUAAUAAUCGUGAUACUGCGGUUCAAUUAGUGUCCCAUUGCAACUCAGGAGGUAAGAGAGACGACCGUCACUCACCCGCUUCCCCCCUCCUGGACGCUACCCUGUAUCGCAGCCGCGACCUAGUGGCCAGCAGCAGAGCGUCAUUAGUGAACCACCUUGGCGAGCAAUAAAACAUUCAGCCGUCUCUUUUAUGGAAACGCGGCGGUUCCCUUCAAACCUUUCGCGUUCCGAAGAUUGUCUGUCUGCGUUAAUGACCUCACGCGGUGACUGAUACGCUGCGCCCGAAGAAGAAGGGGACGAAGUGCAUUCCGUGCGCGCGCCCAAGGAAUUCGUCCGCGAUGGCCGCCCUGCUGCUUCUGUUCCCGUCGCUGCUGCUUGCGGUGGCGCCCGCCGCCGGUCAACUGCACCGUAUGGAGGUCAUCCCGGACCCGCCUCCAUUCGUGCCGGAGGCUCCGCCGAUGCUCAUGAGCAUGGUCGACAUGAUGGAGCGCGUGAUGAACGAGCUCGUGCCUCAGCCUAUCGUGCCGAUGGUUGCCGGGCCGGUCCCCGGUCCCGUGGUCCCCGGUCCCAUGAUCCCCGGUCCAGUGGUCGACGGCGCUGAGGCAGCCAGCAACGAGAGCCGCAACGAGUCCGCCGAUGCGCCGCGAGUUGACGUGGCCAUCGACAUCAAGCUGGUGCCGCUGGGCGUGCCGGGUUCCUCUAUGGGCGGCAUCAUCCUGCCGCUCCCGCGAUUUGUCCAGGAGCCCGGCCCGUCCGCCUCCAAACGAGAGGGCACGCUGAGAAAGAGGAAGAAUGGGACGACAUCUUCGGCCGUACACGUUGACCCCGGACACAAGAAGGUGGCUGUCCUCGAGGUGACCAGAACGAACAGCUCCCGGCCCGUGCUACAACCCGUCGCCCCCAGCGAGGUCAAGACGAAGAAGGAACACGAGAGCAGAUCGUCUCCUUCCUCGCCUGCUAGCUCAGCAGCUCCUGAGCCUCCGUCUUCAUCAAAACCGGCGCUACGCGUACGGUCGCCGGCACAGUCCGCCGAACAGCAGCUGCAAGGCGAGGGCGCGCUGGCGGCGGUCGGCCCACCGAAUUCUUCAGUGGCGUCCAGCCGGAGGUCGCCGAACGUCGCUAAGGUCUCGUCGGCAGCCGGCGGAGUGGCGACAGCUGGCGCCAACAAGACGGACCCGACGUCCUCGUCCACGGAGACCGGGAUAGCGGCUGCCUGCUACGGCCUCUUCCUGCGGCACGGCCUGCUGCUUCUGGUGCUGGCCGUCGUGUGCGGCAUCUCGUGCCUCCUGGGGGCGCUGCUGCCCAUCUUCUGCAGACGGCGACGAGCACAGGUGUCCCAGUACCCACCCAAGCGACGGUUCGUACCAGCGAGGAUCUUCGCAGACCCGCAGAUGAUGCGCAUGUUCCGUCGGCGAGAGCACAUGGUGGCAUGAAACGAUCGACGCGCUGCUUCGACGCCUGCCCUUCUGUCUUCCCUUCUUUCUGUCUUUCUUUCUUUCUUUCUGUCUCCCUCGCUCUCUCUCUCUCUCUCUUUCUUUUUUUUUUUCUUUUUGUGCCGCUGCCUCCGUGAUGUGGUGGCAUUUUCCUCACAUGGCUUUUUUUUUUACUCUUUUUUUCUCUCUCAAGCCAUCGUAAGGCGUUUUAUUGCCCCGGAACAGCAGGCGGGAUCAAUAAAUUGCAUGGUCGUGUUGAAUGCCUCGUAAACAGCAAGUGCAAUGCCAGUAAUGUUUAUGCAGCGGUGGGAAUAGC